AUGCGACCAAAGAAAAAUAUUUCAUUCAAUGAUUUGGGACUAACCACACCAUUGCCAAACAUUUUAGUGAAGUCCAGGGAACAACAGCAUGCGGAAAAGCUUGAGAGCAAAAGACAAAAGAAGCUGCUGGUAAAGGAAGCCACGUCAUGCGUAUCUUCUUCACGAGCUGAUGUUGAGAAGCAUAAAAAUUUUAUUUUGACAGAGCUUCAAAAUGAGAAGGAAGAAAAGGAAAAGCGGAAGAAGCAGCUUAAUAUUGAGCAUUUAAAGGCUCGCAAUGAAAGAGAGACGAAGGAAAAGGAGCGGGUCGCUUUAUCUAUUGAAGCACAGCAGAAAUAUUUUACUGAGGUCGUGGAGAAGCAAAAAGAGGAUAAUGCCAAAUUGAAGCAGAUACAGCGACUGCUUGAGAAAGUUCAGGAGAAAUCCUUCAAGCAAGCCCUUGCGAAUGUGCACAUCCCUGUGUUUCGUAGCAAAAGUAUUGAGGAGCAACGAGAAGGGUUACCAGUACUCCGCGAAGAACAACCCAUUGUUGAAGCUAUCAACAGCGCUUCAAGGACAUGUGUGCUUGUCUGUGGCGAAACCGGCAGCGGCAAAACCACUCAAAUCCCCCAAUUUUUAUGGGAGGCUGGAUAUGGUCAUGCGGAAAGUAGUUCCUUUGGUCGUGAGGGAUGCAUUUUAGUUACAGAGCCCCGUCGCGUGGCGGCUGUGUCCAUGGCACGGCGUGUCGCAGAAGAACUGAAUCAGCCAUUUGGAAAAGAGGUUUGCUAUCACGUUCGAUACGAUAACAACCUAUCUGACACAUGCAAACUGAAGUUUGCGACGGAGGGUAUUAUACUAAAAGAGAUUCAAUCAGACUUUUUACUUACUAAAUAUAGUGCCAUCGUAGUCGAUGAGGCGCACGAGCGCAGUAUUUCGUGUGAUAUUCUUGUUGGGCUGCUUUCGCGUAUUGUUCCUCUCCGAAACGACUUGUUCCGUGAGGAGCUAGACGCGAGCGGUGGGGAUGCUCGCAAAACCAAGAUCAAGCCUCUGAGGCUAGUCAUUAUGUCAGCUACCAUGCGUGUGCAGGAUUUCCGUGAUAAUAGGGUGUUGUUUCGUAUUACUCCGCCACUUAUCAACGUGGAGGCGCGGCGCUUCCCAGUAACUAACCAUUUUGCAAGGAAGACGAACUUAAAGGAUUAUGUGCAACAGUCCUUCGAGAAAGUUUGCCAAAUCCAUAAGAAAUUACCACCUGGAGGGGUGCUUGUGUUUCUCUGUACACAACAUGAAAUAGAAGAUUUGUGUGCCCGUCUUCGUGAGCACUAUUCGAAAACGAAGAUUGAGUAUAAUGAACACACAUACAAUAAACAUGCACUUCUCAGAGGCUCUUCAGAUGGUAGUAGGAAACUGCUUGAGGAUGAUAACGCAUCCUCAAGUAUGUCCGUGGAGGGCUCUGACAUUGGUAAUAAUGCAGCAGACGAGAAAGUCCAAGAUGAGUACGGCUUAUGCAACGAUGAAUAUGCGCUUGAUGGAGAUGAGUCGGCUGAUGAUGCCCUUCCUGAUGAGAUUCGUGAGUCAAUGAUAGGAAAAAAUAAAUUUAAGCGACCGCGAGAGGCAGACACGAUGGUAAACUUAGAAUCUGAGAAGGAAGAUGAAGCUAAUGGAGAAUUCAACACAUUGCAUGUGCUUCCAUUAUACGCUCUUUUGGAUAUGAAAAGGCAACAUGAGGUUUUCAAAGCACCUCCUCCGGGUCGGCGCCUGUGUGUUGUUGCUACGAAUGUUGCUGAGACAUCUAUUACAAUACCUAAUAUCAAGUACGUUGUUGAUGCCGGCCGCUCCAAAAGCAAGGUAAUUGACGAGGAGACCAAGGCGAGUUGCUUUCGUAUUGAAUGGGUAAGCCAAGCGUCGGCGGAGCAGCGAAGUGGUCGGGCCGGCCGUGUAGGUCCUGGUCACUGCUACCGUUUGUAUAGCACCGCUGUUUACACCAAUUUGAUGGCAAAGUACAGUACCCCGGAGAUCCUGCGAACACCGCUUGACUCUGUGGUUCUUCUGAUGAAGCAUAUUGGAAUCGAUCACGUCGGUGCCUUUGCAUUUCCUUCACCACCUCGCUUGGAUGACCUCAAAGGUGCUUUAAGCCACCUGGCACUCCUUGAGGCGCUGGAUGCGUCUAAUGGAUACCGUAUUACACCCCUCGGAAGGAGGUUGAUCGCUUAUCCCAUUCCGCCACGUUUCGCUCGCGCUGUUGUAGAAGCCCAGACUAUGCAAUUUCCCAAGAAACUUUUAGAGAUGGUGUUAUCGAUUGUGGCGGUGUGCGCAACGACGACGCAUAUUUUUACUGGUGAGGGAAACCAAAUCAAAGCAAGUAAAAAAGAUGAAGCUGAUCCACGGCGUGAAAGAAUUCGUAGCCUACUUAAUCACGGGAGCGACCUUAUUACUUAUCUGAACGCUUUCCAUGUGUAUCUGCAGAACCCGAGAAACUGCCACACCUACUGCCUUGUUCAGAAAAGUAUGCAUGAAUCAAAAAUGCUUUUUCGUCAACUUUGUAAUCUUACCGAGGAGAACGGUGUUACCGGGGAUGACCUUGUGGAUUCUUUGGACACGAAUGAGACGUGGUAUUCAGAGAACGUAGCCGAAUAUUCUACCGAGCGUGUACAAAUUACGAAGGAAGACGAAAUCGCUCUCCGGCGGGUCUUUAUUCCAGGUCUUCUGGACCAAGUGGCUCGUCGAGCAACUGUGCACGAAUGCCGCUCGAUGAAUGUCGAAUACAACGAUAGAAAGACAAGUUCCACGCCAUACUUAGUAACUAGCACACGCGCUAUUGUGUAUAUUAAUCCCACUAGCAGUGUGUCGCGCACCUAUCCAGCUCCCGAGUAUGUGACCUACACGGCCUUGCAGAAGGUAGUCCGGACAGAAAGAAAAGAGGCGCAAGCAUGCAUGCUGGGUGUCACGAUAGUGACGAAAGAAUGGCUUGACUUACACGGUUACUCUGAAUGA